AUGUUGAAAACCGCCAUGCUGAUCUCAAUCUCCAUCGUGAACUCGGUCUUCCUCAUCCUGACCAUCUGGGCACGCUUCCAACUCGCUCACACCGACUGGUGGGCCGUCUUCCUCGUGGCCUUCAUCAUGGGCUUUAUCUAUCAGCUCGAGUACAUGCGCCGUAUGAUCUUCCGCGCUAAUUCACCUGAACACGACCACCUCGAGUACGAAUUGAAUGUGUUGUCUCGUCCCACAGCCGCUCACCCGCGUGCUGAACGUGGCGCUCGUGGUUCCGUCGCAACAAUCCCUCGCAUCGACACUUCUCCACCUCAUCGCGCAGUCAACACGACUCUCUGA